AUGGCCAUACCUGAGUGCUUAGUGCGAGUUUUCGUGAAUUUUUUUACGGACUCACAUAUGAGCGCGUAUACUAAGAUUUGUAUGGAACAAAAACAGCUCCAUCUAGUGUCAAAAAUUGGAACCUAAAGUAGCGAGUGCCAGUUUACAAAUUUUUGAAAUCGAGUCGCCCGCACUCUCAAGUGAACGUGACAGGCACGGGAUUGGUUUAUUUCUGCCGUGAUGCGAGUGCGAGAUACAGAUUUUGACAGAUCGAGUAGUAAAUAAAUACAUACGAGAUCGAAUUUAGACAAAUAGUUCUCACGAAGAUUUUUGUGGUGACAGUGAAGUGAGGUGAUAUUCAUAUACAAUAAUUCAGUUUUUAUUUAUUGAAAAUAAUAACAAAGAUAUGGCAGGACGCUUUUUCUUCGCCUGGAGGAUGUUUGCGGCCGCAAAGGCCCGCGAUGAACGCAAUAAAAGCGCCAGAAUUGGGGCAAGGGCUCGCGCGUCUUUUAAUCCUUUAGUCCACCUCACAGAGACGCAAUUUAGGCGCAGAUACAGAUUGCCCAAAAAUAUUUUUAAAUUGUUGUGCAGUGAGCUAAAACAAAGCACAAACCUAAGAUCCACUCAACGUGUUUCCUUGGAACAUAAGGUGCUCACCGCUUUAUUCUUUUAUGCCUCGGGUUCUUAUCAAAGGCCAGUUGGUGUAGCAAAACAUGUGUCACAAAAAAUGUGCAGUGUGUACAUAGAAGAAGUAACCGAGGCUCUGAAUCAUCGCAAUAUAUUAAUGAAGUAUAUAAGAUUCCCUAGCACUCCAGGUGCUAGACAAGAACUUAGUCAACGUUUUUACAGAAACUAUGGAUUCCCUGGAGUGGUUGGGUGUAUUGAUGGGAGCCAUUUUAAAAUAGUGGUACCAAAAAAAAGUGAAGAACAUUGGUAUUAUAGUCGCAAACACUACCAUUCCCUCAAUGUACAAAUGGUUUGUGAUGAUCAAUAUAGAAUUUUAAAUGUUAAUUCUAAGUUUGGAGGUGCAAAUCAUGAUUCUUUUAUAUGGGAAAAUAGUGAUUUGAAUGCAUAUAUUCAGUCUUUGCACAGAAAUGGAGAAAUGGUCUGGCUUUUAGGAGACUCUGGUUACCCCCAACGCCCAUGGCUAAUGACGCCGAUUGCUAAUGCUGCUCCUGAUACUCCAGAAGCCAAUUAUAAUGAAAAACAUAUGAGAGCUAGAGUAGUCAUUGAAAAUACGUUCUCAAGGCUUAAGAAUCGAUGGCGUUGUCUUCACAAAGAUAGAGUACUACAUUAUAAGCCACUGAAAUGCUCUCGCAUUAUUCUGGCAUGCUCAGUGCUGCAUAAUAUAAUGAUUGAUUUUGGAGUAGAAGACAGAGAGGAAGACAUUCUGGGUCUGGAAUUACCAGGGACAAGUGGUGGUGAAUCUAGUCAAAACAACUACGUAGAAAGAGAGGCCACGACGGAUCUAAUUAGAGGUCGAAUACUAAGAGACCAAAUAAUAAGAAGAUUGCAAUAGUUUAUAGUUAUUUAUUUUUGUAACUUUUUUUGUUUUAACUUAUCUUGCUUAUCAGUGAUACUGUAAUUUCAUCUCAACUUUAAUACAUAUUGUGUCCACUAUAUUAUACCUACUUAUAGUUAAUUGUGAACCAGUUACUUUUCUUUUUCUCUUAGUACUUAAAUGGAAACAAUUUGUUUAUUUUGUAUUGCUUAAUGUAAGUAAUUGUUAGACCUAAGUAAAUAAAUAA